GCCUAAAGGAUAAUAUAGUAAUAGGUCCUAUUGUACAAGCCCAGCCCAAUAUGACCUUUGUCUAUAUAAACAUGACCAAUGCAUGUGUCAAGGCAUAGUCUCUCACCGCUGCUAAAACAUAUCAUGGAUUGCACAAAUGUAGCAGUGGCUGGUGAUGACCAAGUGGUUCAGUGCCAGGCUGAAGACUUCAGGGCACAUCAAAGCUCCGAAAGGCGAUCCGCAAACUACAAGCCAAACAUUUGGAAUAUGAACUCCUUCGGUCUCUCAAGAGUCAAUACACUCUGAGAUUGCCAACUUAAUUCUUGGAUGUUAUCAUAUAUCUAUAUCUAUAUAUAUAUAUAUAUAACAUUUAUUUGUACAUUUAAUGGGGAAAAAAAAUUAUUUGUAUAACUUUCAUUAUUAUAAACGUUUCCAAUAGUGUUGUACGAGUACGUCUCAAGCAAUUCGAUAAGAUGCCACUGUUUAAGGACCAGACUGGAGACAAGCAUAACUUUUUGACAUUAUUUUCGUGCAAGGAUGAAAAAUAUGGUACACACAUGGAGAAGCAGAAAGAGGAAGUCAAGAUCAUGUUUGUGGAAGCACUGGACCAAGUGGCUACGUUGGAGCUAAUAGACAGAAUCGAAAAACUUGGUCUGUCUUACCUAUUUGAGAAGGAAAUCAAGGAAGCCCUAGACACCAUAGCAUCCAUGAAGAACAAUAGUUGUGGUGUAGAAGACAACCUCUAUGCUUCUGCACUGUGCUUUAGGCUCCUUAGGCAACAUGGCUACAGCGUUUCUCAAGAUAUGAUAAGAGGCUUCAUGGACGACAAGGGUACAUUCAUGAAAGGAACACAUGCGCAAUUUGAUGUUAAAGCAAUGCUCGAGCUUUUUGACGCCACGAAUCUAGGCUUCGAAGGUGAAAACAUAUUGGAUGAUGCUAAUGCUUUAUCUAGUGAAGUUAUCACAAAAUUGAGCCAUGCAGUAGAGCUUCCAUUGAACUGGAGAGUGCAGUGGUACAACUUGAGGAGGCAGAUAAUUGCGCUUGAGAAAGAGGAUAACACAAACCCCAUUUUACUUGAAUUGGCAAAAUUUAACUUCAACAUGGUUCAAGCCAUACACCAAAAAAAUCUUGGCGUGACAGCUAGGUGGUGGAAGAAUCUUGGUCUGGCAGAAAAUCUGAAGUUUACUAGGGACCGAGUGGUUGAAAGUUAUCAAUGGGCAGUGGGAGUUGCUUUCGAAGCUCAGUUUGGAAAUUUUAGAAAAUGGUUAACCAAAGCCAUUACUUUUAUCAUAGUUAUGUAAGCAAUUACAUUUCAAAUAGGAUUCAUGGCUCCAAUACAUAAAUUUAAUAGAGAAAGACAUACCCGAUAUAAAAACUAUGUUUGAAGAGAACACUAGAGCGGAAACAUUCUUCAACUUUUUACCUUUACUGCAAUAUUAAAUGAUGGAUUUCAAACCUUUCUAUCGCAUAUUUAUAGAGGGCUGGGACCGUUCCAUAAUCGUUGUGAGAGUAAAAGAUAUGUUGAUUCCAUCAACCAACACACUUUUUACAAAUAGACAUGUUGGUUCCAUCAACAAACACACCUCUUGAUUACACACACACAC